AUGCAUCAGUCCCCCUUCGCUAAGAUGGAUAGGAAGGAGCCUCCGCAAGUUCCGACAUUCAUCUGCCAAAGAAUUUGUUCAUCUGAGGAACUGAGUAAAUGUGGACUGGCCGUUAUGAUUACUGGCUUCAACGAGGAUGCAGUUGUCUUUGCCGCCACUGGCUACAUAAUUGGCGCCUUUGCUUUCCCUGCCGACAGACCUUUGGUCAAGAUGGAGGUCGCCAACACGGCUGUCACCGUCGCAGAUGAAGUCGACAAGCUGAACUCAUCGACAAGCAGGCUUCCAUUUUCGAUAUCUGUUUCAAAGGCUACAAUCCGCCUCCCCCCGUCAGAUCCGACAACUUCAUGGACCACCGACAACCUCGGCCAAUUCCGUGGCCGCGUCCGCCUCCGACUCAAUCCGCUUUUCCACAUCCUUGGCGAAGAAUUCCGAUGGACCUUCAGCUGGAGACGUGGAGGCACUGAGGGUUGUGUUCGUGACGGCACUAUGAGUGUCCGAGAGCACAGCGUUGAUUUCAGCUUCAAUAUCGAUUCCACCAUGGAGUACUUCUUCACUAUCGCGAGAGUCUAG